GAGAGAUAUCCAGCUGGCUAUAGCAAUUAAGCAAGCAAGGGGUACGCAAAUGGGAAGGAGGCCUUGCUGUGCUAAAGAAGGGCUUAAUAGAGGGGCAUGGUCUGCCAGGGAAGACAAAAUCCUCAUAAACUACAUUAAGAUCCAUGGUGAAGGGAAAUGGAGAGACCUUCCUCAAAGAGCUGGGUUGCAGCGAUGUGGGAAAAGUUGCCGUCUUCGGUGGCUGAAUUAUCUCAGGCCAGAUAUUAAGAGAGGAAACAUCUCUGCCGAAGAAGAAGAACUCAUUAUUAGGCUGCACAAGCUCCUUGGUAACAGGUGGUCUCUCAUCGCCGGAAGAUUACCGGGGCGAACAGACAAUGAAAUAAAAAACUACUGGAAUACCAAUUUGAGUAAGAGAGUGCAAGGCCAGAAGAUUACUCCCAAGACUACCCAACCUUCUAAUAUGCUGCUUAACAAGCUGGGAAAACGGGGAUGCGUCAAAUCUUCCCCGGAGAUAACGACGGAUGAUCAACACAAGGUGAUUCGAACCAAAGCAGUGAAGUGCACCAAGGCAGUCAAUGUUAUCCCGCGACUGUUAGAUAAUCAGACAGCUGAGACCCAUUCUUCAUCUGUUCAUGAGGAUAAUUCGGUCGAUUUCUUGUUGGAUUUUGACAUCAAUGAACUUCUUGUAUUGGACGCUCCAAUCACAGACUUCCAUGAUCCAAUUCAACAGGUUGAUGAACAUUGUAACAAUGCGGCGGAGAAUGGGGAAUACGGCGAUGGUUUCAACUUAAACCUUGAUCAAGUUGAUCUUUACAGGUCACCGGAUGAAUCAGCAGCAAGGCCUGAUACCUCGAGGGCUAGUUCUGACCUUUUCCAAACAACUGAAACCUUGGAUCUCCGAAGUCUAGCAUUCUAUCUCUUGGACUAAUUCAUCAAAGUUAAUAAAGUCAAUAAUUUCGUAGUUCAG